CGAUGUCAAUUUGAUGAGGAAUGUUUUCAAGAAUGGAGCCGCAACGUAACAUCUGCAAACUGUGAAGGUGCCGUGUUGAUUUAGACAUAACAGUUUACAUUGAUAGGGAAUCGUGAAGAACUGGUCGUAAAAAUGUAUGGUUUUGUCAAUCACGCCUUGGAACUACUUGUAUUAAGAAAUUAUGGCGAAGACGUGUGGGAAGACAUCAAGAGGGAGGCGCAACUCGAUGUAGAGGGUCAGUUUCUUGUCAGAAUCAUAUAUGAAGAUGCCAAAACAUACGACCUUGUUGCUGCGGCAAGCAAAGUUCUAAAGAUUGAUGCAGGGUGUAUCCUACAGAUGUUUGGGAAGAUGUUUUUUGAGUUUUGCCAAGAAUCAGGGUAUGACACCAUCCUGCGUGUUCUAGGCUCCAAUGUCCGUGAAUUCUUGCAGAAUCUGGAUGCCCUCCACGACCACCUAGGUACCAUCUACCCUGGGAUGAGGGCUCCGUCCUUCCGCUGCACAGACGCGGAGAAGGGCAACAAUCUGAUCCUGCACUACUACUCGGAGAGGGAGGGGCUCCAGGACAUUGUGAUCGGCAUCAUCAAGACGGUGGCCCAACAGAUCCACGGCACAGAAAUAGAAAUGAAGGUGAUCCAGCACAAGGGUGAGGAGUGUGACCACAUCAAGUUCCUGAUCGAGGAGAAGGACUCGGAGGAGGAGGCCUUCUAUGAGGAUCUGGACGGCUUCGAGGAGAACAGCACGCAGGAGACCCGGAUCAGCCCCUACACCUUCUGCAAGGCCUUUCCCUUUCACCUCAUGUUCGACAGGGACCUGAUGCUUACUCAGUGCGGCAACGCUAUCUUCCGUGUGCUGCCGCAGCUCCAGCCGGGCAUCUGUAACCUGCCCUCCGUGUUCUCUCUGGUGCGUCCACACAUAGACUUCAGCUUCCAAGGCAUGCUCUCCCACAUCAACACUGUCUUCGUUCUGCGAAGCAAGGAGGGCCUCUUGAACGUGGAGACUUCGGAGAAUGAGGACGAGCUGACUGGUGCUGAGAUCAGCUGCCUGAGGCUGAAGGGACAGAUGAUCUACCUGCCCGAGGCGGAGAACAUCCUCUUCCUCUGUUCUCCCAGUGUGAUGAACCUGGAUGACCUGACGCGGAGAGGCCUUUACCUGAGCGACAUCCCGCUGCACGAUGCCACACGUGACCUGGUGCUGCUGGGAGAACAGUUCCGUGAGGAGUACAAGCUGACCCAGGAACUGGAGAUCCUGACUGACCGUCUGCAGCACACCCUUCGGGCCCUGGAGGAUGAGAAGAAGAAGACGGACAGAUUGCUCUACUCAGUCCUGCCACCGUCGGUGGCCAAUGAGUUGCGCCACAAGCGUCCAGUCCCGGCCAAACGCUACGACAAUGUGACUAUCCUCUUCAGCGGCAUUGUGGGAUUCAACGCCUUCUGCAGCAAACACGCAUCCGCCGAGGGUGCCAUCAAGAUAGUCAACCUGCUCAACGACGUCUACACCCGAUUUGACAUCCUGACCGACUCGAGAAAGAACCCCUACGUGUACAAGGUCGAGACAGUGGGUGAUAAGUACAUGACGGUCAGUGGGCUGCCAGAACCAUGUACCCACCAUGCUCAGUCUAUCUGCCACCUGGCCCUGGACAUGAUGGAGAUUGCUGGACAGGUCAAAGUGGAUGAAGAGCCAGUACAGAUAACCAUUGGGAUCCACACAGGAGAGGUGGUAACUGGGGUCAUAGGUCAAAGGAUGCCCCGCUACUGCCUGUUUGGAAAUACUGUCAACCUCACCAGCCGUACAGAAACCACAGGAGAGAAGGGAAAAAUCAACAUUUCAGAAUAUACUUACAGAUGUUUGCAGUCAGCAGAGAAUGCUGACCCCCAGUUUCAUUUGGAGUACCGAGGACCCAUCACCAUGAAAGGCAAGAAGGAGCCCAUGAAUGUGUACUUUCUGUCGCGCAAAAGUACUGAAAGCAUAGUUUGAUCAUAAAAGCAUUCUCCUUUCCCCAGUGGGCAAAAUGCAUAAAGGUGUAAUUUUGGGGUUCUAAUUUGGUUUUAUGGGUUGAAGAGAUGUCAGAUAACCAAAUUAUAACCAAGAGAAGAUGUCCUUUUCUGGUCGCGAAAAAGAGAUGAUAAAAAAAACGUUUUACAAUCAGCAUAAAACCAGACCAUGACGUACGCCUGACCAGUUUUGCUCACUGGGUCACUUGUCAGUUUCAAGAAGCUGCUCUAUCUGAAGACAUAAUAAUUUUACCAUCUAGAAAUAUACCUUGUUCUCUCCUUCACCAACAGUUAUUCUUAUUGUUGGUAUGUACAGUUGAAGUUGGAAGUUUACAUACACUCUUAGGUUGAAAUCAUUAAAACUCGUUUUUUAACCACUCCACACAUUUCUUGUUA